AGAAGAAGUUGUAUGCGGGGUAUUGUGAGUGGUCUGCAGCUUUCUCGCUGAAUGCCUGGAUAAUGGACAAUAAUGAUGGGAUGGAGGUGGAGGGCUGGGACUCAGGUCUGGAGGAGGAGCUGGGUGUGUCUCUGGAGGAGCUGAGUAAGUGGAUAGAGGAGGAGGUGGAGAGGAGCGAGGCAGUCCGCCAGAGGAAGGCCCAGCUUGCUGAGCUCAAGGAAUGGGUGGAGAACAAAGAGAAGGAAGAGGAGGUGGUGGACAAACUCUUCAACAACGCCAACCAGUCCAUAGUGGAGUGUGAGGCUCUGGUGAAGUCCACCUACAGUAAGAUGGGGCUGGUCUACAAGGAGAGCUCUUCAGAGGAUGAGGGCGGAGUGGGAGGGGCUCUGUCCUCUGAUGUAAUAGAAAUUGACGAUGAUGAUGACGAUGAUGAUGUCAUCGCUGUGGGCUUACUGGUUCCACCCAAGAAACCUGGGAUACCUGUCCAGGAUGCAAUGUUUAAGGAGGCGUCGGCAGCGCUCCAGCGUUCCUCCCAGCAGGUGUUGAAGCUGGCCCAGACAGUCAACAAAAACCCUUCUUCCGGCCCUGCUAUACAACAGCCAGGUGGCCCGGUACCCAUGCCAGCGGUGUUUGUGUCCCAGGCCACACCCAGGAACACACCCACCCAGCCUAACCCCUCCCUGAAGGAUGAUGAGAUCAAACUGGAGAUGAGUCUUCUGGGAAAGAAACGCACCAAGACCUGGCACAGCGGAAUGCUCAUCGCCAUCAACCCUGUCGGUAAUGGUUACAGUAAGUACAAGGUGAAGUUUGAGAACAAGGGGAAGAGUCUACUGUCUGGGAACCACAUAGCGUUUCACUACCACCCCACCCUGGAGAGGCUAUACGUGGGAGCCAGGGUGGUCGCCAAGUACAAGGACGGCAACCAGGUCUGGCUCUACGCGGGCAUCGUAGCAGAGAUGCCCAACAACAAGAACCGCAUGAGGUUCCUGAUCUUCUUUGACGACGGUUAUGCCUCCUACGUGACCCUGCCUGAGCUCUACCCUGUCUGCAGACCAAUGAAGCGUACAUGGGAGGACAUAGAGGAUGCGUCGUGUAAAGACUUCAUAGAGGAGUAUAUAACCUCGUACCCCAACAGGCCCAUGGUGCUGCUGAAGGCAGGCCAGGUCAUCAAGACAGAGUGGGAGGGGACGUGGUGGAGGAGCAGAGUGGAGGAGGUGGAUGGCAGCCUCGUCAAGAUCCUCUUCCUGGAUGACAAGCGUAGUGAGUGGAUCUACCGCGGUUCAACCAGACUGGAGCCCAUGUUCAACCUGAAGACCAACUGUGCCAACACCCAGGAGAAGAAGAUGGCUGGCCAGCAGAGGACACGCCCCAACAUGGGAGCAUUGAGGACCAAGGGCCCAGUGGUCCAGUAUCACAGUGGGGGGAACAGCACAACCCCCAGCGGGACCCCCACUAAAUCCCUCCAUCCCCUCUCCCCACCCUCCUCCAUCCCUCCUACACCCUCCCAGCCCAAUCAGCCCGCACGAACAGAUCCUAAGUAUCAGAUGGCUAAGAAGAGUACUUCUCCGUACGUUCCCCCUCAAGGAGGCUCUCGCUCUGGAUUGGCCAGUAAUAGCCACGCCCCUAAAGCCAUACAGCCCCAGCCUUCAACUGGUUCUCCUGGAAACUCAUCCAGAAUGUAUGUCCUUCAGACUGGCAACAUCCAGACUCUCACGGCCCAACAGCCUAUGCAACACCAGCAGCAGUCCCUGCCCCCUCCUCCCCAAGCCCCUCCGACUGCCCCUGCACCCACAGUGACCCCAUACACCUUCAGUAACGACCGGAUUCCCCACGAGCCCUCGUACCGCGCCCCCACAGACCGCAUCUUCUACCUGCCUCACACCUGCCAGCCUGCCUGUCUCAACCGUAUCCGGCCCUCCAGAGCAGAUAUGCACCGGGGCAGGAACCCCCUGCUCACCCCUCUACUGUACGAGUUUAGACGCAUGACGGGGCGACGGAGAGUCAAUCGCAAGAUGUCGUUCCAUGUGAUCUACAAGUCUCCAUGUGGGCUGUGUCUGCGCAGCAUGGCGGAGAUCCAGCGCUACCUCUUCCAGACGCGCUGUGACUUUAUCUUCCUGGAGAUGUUCUGCUUGGAUCCCUACGUCCUGGUCGACCGGCGCUUCCAGCCCCAGAAGCCUUACUACUACAUCCGAGACAUCACCAACGGCCGCGAGGACAUUCCCCUGUCCUGCGUCAAUGAGAUCGACGUCACACCGCCGCCCGAUGUGGCCUACAGUAAGGAGCGUAUCCCUGAAGACGGAGUGUUCAUCAACACCAGUCCAGAGUUCCUGGUGGGCUGUGACUGUACCGACGGCUGCAGGGACAGGUCCAAGUGUUCGUGUCACCAGCUGACCCUGCAGGCCACAGCCUGUACCCCUGGAGCACAGAUCAACCACGCUGCUGGAUACACACAAAAGAGACUGGAGGAGUGUUUGCCCACCGGGAUAUAUGAGUGUAAUAAGCGGUGUAAGUGUUGUAGUCAGAUGUGUAGUAACCGUCUGGUGCAGCACGGUCUGCAGGUGAGGCUGCAGCUCUUUAAGACCCAGAACAAAGGCUGGGGCAUCCGCUGUCUGGACGAUGUGGCCAAGGGAUCCUUCGUCUGCAUCUACGCCGGUAAGAUUCUGACAGAUGACUUUGCAGACAAGGAGGGUCUGGAGAUGGGUGAUGAGUACUUUGCUAACCUGGACCACAUAGAGAGUGUGGAGAACUUCAAGGAAGGGUAUGAGAGUGAGGCCCACUGCUCAGACAGCGACGGGAGCGGGGUGGACAUGUCCAGGCUGAAGAACCCCCCCUCCUCCUCCCUGGCUUUGCAGAACAAGCCCCUUCCCAAACCCCCCCAGAGAACCAAUGCUGCCAACCCCGCUGGCAAAGCGCGGGGUGCUGGUGGUGACUCCUCUAAGGAUGGGGAUAGUGAUGAGGAGUCGAACAACGACAAAAGUUCAGACGACACGUUUGUGAAGGACCCCUACUACAGCUCCAGCUCUGUGUGGAGGAGCUACACCACUCGCCGCCAGGCCAAGGGCGCCAAGGAAGGGAGCCAGGACAGUAAGGAUGGGAUGAGUGUGUCAGUGGGGGGAAAGGAGGACAGGAAGCCGCCCCCCAUGCCGGAGGAGAGUGGGAAGAGUAAAGUAGCAUCCUGGCUCACCAACCAACCCUCUACCUCCCAGGCCACUGUUAAGAUGGAGGGACUGAAGAUAGAGAAGAAGGAGCCCGGAGACCACAAAAGCGGUAACCAAUCGGUGAAGACGGAGGGAGUGAAGAGACAGGAUGUGAUGACGCUGUCGGACAGUGAUGACGUCCAGACCAUCAGCUCUGGAUCUGACGACAACAAGGAGAGAGAGAAACGCACACAGGGUGCGGUGAAGAGGCAGGUGGCUGUGAAGUCCACGCGUGGCAUUGCCCUGAAGAACUCCCAUGGCCUGAUGGUUAAGACUGGAGGGGCUGGGAUAGGGCCAGGGGGAGGCCCGGGGGGCCACGGAGGGGCGCAGGGUAAGGGUGGGGACGCGGGAGACAGUGGACCUAAAAACACACGGCAGUUCUUCGAUGGCGAGGAGUCCUGCUACAUCAUUGACGCCAAGCUGGAGGGAAACCUGGGACGCUACCUCAACCAUAGCUGCAGUGCUAACCUGUUUGUCCAGAAUGUGUUUGUAGACACACACGACCUGCGUUUCCCCUGGGUGGCCUUCUUCGCCAGCAAGCGUAUCCGGGCAGGGACAGAGUUGACGUGGGACUAUAACUACGAGGUUGGCAGUGUGGAGGGCAAGGAGCUGCUGUGCUGCUGUGGCUCAACAGAGUGCAGAGGAAGACUGCUUUAAGAGGCCACCCUCUACCUCCAUCUCAUCCCCCUCUCUCUUCUUCUGGAGACUACUAUAGUGAACCACACUCUAUACCUCCAUCUCAUCCCCCUCUCUCUUCUUCUGGAGACUAGUAUAGUGAACCACACUCUAUACCUCCAUCUCAUCCCCCUCUCUCUUCUUCUGGAGACUACUAUAGCGAACCACACUCUAUACCUCCAUCUCAUCCCCCUCUCUCUUCUUCUGGAGACUACUAUAGUGAACCACGCUACUCUAUACCUCCAUCUCAUCCCCCUCUCUAUUCUUCUGGAGACUACUAUAGCGAACCACACUCUAUACCUCCAUCUCAUCCCCCUCUCUCUUCUGGAGACUACUAUAGCGAACCACACUCUAUACCUCCAUCUCAUCCCCCUCUCUCUUCUUCUGGAGACUAGUAUAGUGAACCACACUCUAUACCUCCAUCUCAUCCCCCUCUCUCUUCUGGACACUACUAUAGUGAACCACACUCUAUACCUCCAUCUCAUCCCCCUCUCUCUUCUUCUGGAGACUAGUAUAGUGAACCACACUCUAUACCUCCAUCUCAUCCCCCUCUCUCUUCUUCUGGAGACUACUAUAGCGAACCACACUCUAUACCUCCAUCUCAUCCCCCUCUCUCUUCUUCUGGAGACUACUAUAGUGAACCACACUCUAUACCUCCAUCUCAUCCCCCUAUCUCUUCUUCUGGAGACUACUAUAGUGAACCACACUCUAUACCUACAUCUCAUCCCUCUAUUUCUUCAUCUUAUCUCUCUUGGAGUGCAGAGGGAAGACAGCUGGAAGAGACCACUCUAUAACUCUUGUCUCCUCUCUGAGUGUAGAAGAAGACUGCUGUAAGGACACACCAUGCUAACCUGGGGACACCUGCACCCACAAGAGUCUCUCUCCCCCUUUCUCUUUUCUUCCUCCCCUCCAUCUUGUUUUCUGAAAUGUUAUGCUGCCAAUUGCUGAGGUAUUUUAGUAUUGUAAUUCUUUACUGUUUUGUCUAUAUGCCCACUUGUAUUUGACUGUGUCUGUGAAUUCAGACCAAACUGUGUUCUUCUCACAACUGAAUAAAAUCCUGUUUUCAACA